GCCGUUGCUGCUAAUGGACGAGUCGCUGCUGCUGCGAGUGCGUCGACGAAUGCGAAUGUGCAAGGCAAGGGGAGCGAGAAGCUCACUGUCACCUUUGACGAGAGUCCUCCUUGGAUGCAGGAUAAUGCGUAUGUGAAGAGCGGGUACCGGAGGGUGACGGGAGACGUGCAGGCGUGCAUUCAUUCCGUGUUUGGAUAUCUACACAAUGAAAGCAUGAACAUUCACACCCAUCUCUGGGGCCUCUUCACCUUCAUAAUUCUCCUACUAACCGUGUACAUCCCCCUCUCACCACACCACGCCACCGUCAUCUGGAUCGACGUUGUCGGGUUCGUCAUCUACCUUCUGAGCGCUAUAUUCUGCCUGGGAUGCAGUACGACGUUUCAUACGUUGAGCUGCCAUUCGAAGGAGGUGUCCAAACGGUGUCACAUGCUGGACUAUAUCGGCAUUGUCGUACUGACAGUGGGAUCGUACUACCCUACGGUGUACUAUGGAUUCUAUUGCGAUCCGUGGCCACAAGUUGGGUACACGAUCGCCAUCACCAUCGCUGGUGGAUUCGCUAUGUACGUCGUUCUCGCACCGCGGUACGCGUCCCCCUCCUAUCGUUGGGCGCGUACAACCGUAUUCCUUGUCCUUGGACUGUGCGCCGUCAUACCCGUCACGCACGCUCUUUCGGCCAGUGGCUACUACAGAAUUAAGUACGAGAUGGGACUCGACUGGCUCCUUGCCAGCGGGGCGAUGUACGUCAUCGGCGCGUUGAUCUACGCUGGACGUGUCCCCGAACGUCUCGCACCCGGAAAGUUCGACAUCUUUGGUACCUCUCACCAGAUAUUCCACGUAUUUGUUGUAGGUGCCGCACUCUCUCAGUACGCAUGCGUCGUUACUGCGCUGAACCACAGACAUGGGGUGGGAAUGGGGACAUGUCCGGCGAGGAGCUCGUAGAUAGCUAGCAGCAUGUAUUGCUGGUUAAGAAGCCUGCAUUGGAUAGAAAUGGAUCUCCAAUAAUAAGUAAUCGAUGUUCAAGCGCAUAUAUGCGAGUCGGACGGACGCAACGCGAACAUCUUCGCCAAUGUGCAGUCCUCAAUAGUACACCAACUCUCUCUCAAAUACCCCGACAUCUCCUUGCUCUCCCACUGUCAACUAAUGUGCUCAGAACUCGUCCGCAUCCUGCCUAAAUACCGCCGUAUAGCUCACAAUCGUCGCGUACACCAGCCCGCCCCCAAUAACGCUCAUAACACAGGCCAUAGGGUGGAUAACCCCCGAAUGCGCGAGCACAAUGGGCAGUGCGAAGCCCGUGACGACGAUGACAGAAGUGAUAAAGUGUCCCAAGUCGACAGCGUUCGAACCUUCGCUAAUGUCAGGAGCGCCAAAGUCGUCCGAUGCGCAGUUGCGGAAGAGCGAGUUGGGAAGAGGGGCGAGGACGAACGUGAGCGCGACGAGUAAGGGGAGCCAAUUUGCCCAUAAAGCGCAGGAGAGGAUGACGAGGAGGAAUCCUACUGCGAGGACGAAGGAGAGAAGAAUGACAGUCUUUAGACCCGCGGCCAUUGGUUGUGCUGUGGUUUAUUCCAAGGUUCUGCUUCUAAACUUUGAUUGGGAGAUGAAAGGGAGUGUGAAUUCCCUCCGAGGGGAGAUACGAGUUGACU